GCCACGCCACUGGCCAGUUCCUCUAGGCAAGCUGACCGGUGUGGACGGUACCUGAAUAUUCAGCAAGGACCUAACACCAGUAGGCUUCAUGAUAUAAAUGGAGUGAGACAAACAGCUAAACGACUAAAGAAUUGGACCUGCUGUUUUGUGCGUAUUUUCUAUCUAUUUUACUCACAAAAAACAAACACACGGUACAACAUACUACGGCUCAUAUGUCUGUAAAUUAGUAGAACUGUCACAUCUACAACGGUCUUGCAUGUCUGAGCAGGAGUCGAUCAAUCACACUGUAGGCUACUUUUACACGUUGCGCGCCUGCUGCUGCGGUGCUACUGCCUUCGCCGCUCUGUCCGGUCUACCCGUGGUCUAGACUGUUCCAAGCCCCGGUGGAUUGACCUGCCAACUGAGCCGCAGUCAUGGGAGGGAAUUUGGGGUGCCACCGCUCGAUCCCCAAAGACCCGACGGAUUUCAGCAACAGCAAGCGCAAGUUUAGCGCCGCGUGCAACUUCAGCCACAUCCUCGUGAACCAAGAGCGGUUGAAUAUCAACACGGCCACCGAGGAGGAGCUGAUGACUCUACCAGGAGUGAACCGCACGGUAGCGCAGAAUAUCGUGGAGUACCGGAACUGCAUUGCGGGGUUUAAAAAGGUAGAGGACUUGGCUCUCGUGAGCGGAAUCGGUGCCGGCAAACUGGAGAUUAUCAGACUGGAAAUAUGCGUCUCGAGCAGGACGGGUUCGUCCCAACACUCGCCGUCGUCUCUGCGUAAAGACUUCGAGCCCCACCUGUCAUGCACAGGUAUGAACAUCAACACCGCCACACCGGCGCAACUCAUGAGCAUCCGUGGCAUCACGGAUAAAAUAGCGAAGAACAUAGUAGAAUACCGUAUGGGAAACGGUCCGUUUAAAAGCAUCGAAGACUUGGUGAGGGUCAAUCACAUAAACUCCUCUCUAUUGGACAAAAUUCGCUUUCAAGUGUUCGUAGAGCGUUCCAGAACACCUUCCACCAAUACCAACGGGGGGUUGGCAUACACUACCAAGUCUCACCCGAGCCCCACAUCAUUCAGUCUCCGGAGUGAAGACAUGGAGCUUCCACCCGGGGGGCCGACUCGGAUCAUGUCUGUGCGGCCCAACGUGGAGCCUCCGUCGGGGAUGCGGGACGGGAAAGCGGUGGUCAGGGUGGCUACCUGGAACCUCCAGAACUGCUCUUGUGAAAAGGCCAACAACCCGGGCGUCAAAGAGGUCGUGUGUAUGACAUUGCUUGAAAACGACAUCAAGUUACUGGCAGUCCAAGACCUGGUAGAUCGGGAAGCCCUUGACAAG